AUGAUCAUGGCCAUCGGUUACACCAGUCUUGAGCGAUCCGGCAAAGCGCCAGCUGGCUUUCGAUCAGGGUUUGAGAUCCCAUACGCAGACAUUAUGCAACGAUGUAUCAUGCAAGAGAGCAUAGACUCAAUUCAAAUACUUGUACUGCUUGCCCUGUACUCACUAUUUGACCCGAUCGGCCCUUCGACCUGGUCGAUAGUGGGAAUCAUCACCAGGCAAGCCCUGGCUCAGGGCCUGACUCGACCAACCGUCGAGGACAACCUACCACCAAAAACGGCUGAACUCCGUCGGCGACUCUUCUGGAGCGUCUUUGGCCUGGACCGGAUGAUGGCUGUGUCUGUCGGCGAGUCUCCCGGCCUCGUGGUUGAAGAAAUGGGAGUUCCAUUCCCCGCGAUCACAGUAGUGGAAUUCGCCUCGCCGAAGCGCGCAGAACACGCAAGCAUGCUGCAAGUCAGUCGUCAUGUCAUCGAACUGCGACAACUCGAGUCAAAGAUCCUGUCAACGGUCCAUCUGCAGCCACGGAUUGCCGUUAGCAGCCUGACUCAGGCUGACCGCAGCAUCAUCACGACGCGAUUGCGCUCCGAGAUCGAAAACUGGUAUAGCCAUGGAUGUCUGAUCACGAAACCCGAGCCAGAUAAUGUGCGCCUCCAUGACACCAUGGGAUGGCUGAAUGCGCGGUACUAUCAUCUGCUCCUGCUGCUCUAUUAUCCGUGCCAGUUCAACGCUAGUACACCAGCUCAUAGUGCAGCGCGCGUGAGUACGUUGCUAGAGCUUGUAAGAAAGUUUGUGCAGUACAAUCGCGUGCUUCUCAGUCACCAGCAGCUGCCGUUGAAUCGAGUCACCCUCGAUCGCCUGGUUCCCGCAUGCCUUGUCAUGUUUUACUGCUUCGUGCGCGACGAGAGUAGCACUGCCUUGACAGCUAGGAACGAGAUCCGUGCUGUUAUUGACAUCUUGGAAAGAUUCUCUGAGAAGUGGACGCAUGCGCGGCGUCUUGCAGGUAUCAUGAUCGAGUUUGCUGAGUUUGUUGCUAGCCAUGAAGUUUAUAGUGCGGAAGUCCAGCAGCAAGAAUGGUUAAGAUCACUGCGAGGAGAGCUGGUAUCCCUGGCAGGUGAGACGCUAGGGAAAGCAACGUGCUAUCAAGAUCUCAUUGACGGGGAGGAAAGCGUCACAUAUUCCCGCGUGGAGGAGGAGUCUCCAAGAUCUGGACUGUCCUUUGUUCCGGUCGAGGAUGCUAGUGCGAUUGUGUGCUCUUAUCUUUGA